UGUAACAAUCGCCGAUGGUGCAAGUGCAGCGAAUGCGUUCGGACGUAUUUGCAAGAUUUAUAAACAAAUGCAGCAGCCGCAACAAACAGAUGUGAAAGUGUAGUGACAGUGUUUUGGAUUUUGUAUGCGCGCGUCUUGUGUGUGGCUGCAAGGGCAAUAUCACCAUCUAUUCUCAGAGCUGCCACAGCCUCCGCCACGGCCGCAGGCGACUGCAUCUCCAUCUGCAGGCCACAAAAACAUUAUUUUGCGCGCGCUGGCGACCUGGUGUAGCUGUUGUGCUGUUGCUCUCUGUAGCCCGUAGCCCGUAGUCCGUGGCCUCUGUCUACAUCUGUCCAUGGUACGCAAUCUCGCAGGAGCAGCAGCACCAUGAGCACCAUUGGCAACGGUAACAACGGGAACGGGAACGGCAACGGCAGUGUGAGCCUGAUGCAGGAUAUCCAGAACAAGUACUCGUUUCUGGAGAAUCUAUUCAGCAAGUUCUGGAAAUCCAUUAUCAAGUCAAACUCCUCGCUGAAGCUCCAGCUGCGAAACAUCAAAUGGAAGAAUUCAAAGGCCAAGCCCGGCUGUGCCUAUCAGCCGACAGAGAUUGAACAGAUGGCCAAUGUGAUUACCCAUGGGAUGUGGAUACUGCCGGCACUGUUUGCGGCCAUCAAGCUGUUCGAGCGCUCCACCAAUGCCAGCCAGUAUUUGGUGUCGUGGGUCUACGGUGGCGCUCUCUGCAUGCUCUUCACCAUAUCGACGUUCUUUCACUGCUCCUGCUACUGUGCCGAGCACAAACCACCGAGAAACUACAAGACCUGGCCCGCCUUCGGCUGGCGCACGUAUCAGGGCCUUAAGAAUGUGCUCCACCGCUGCGAUCGGGCCAUGAUCUAUGUGUUCAUUGCCGGCUCCUACUUCCCCUGGCUGACGCUGGAAAACACCGACCACUCGGCCAUUCUCUUUUGCAUGGAGUGGGUCAUCUGGCUGAUGGCUGGGGUGGGCAUUGCCUACCAGCAGCUCUUCCACGAGCGCUACAAGUGCCUGGAGACGUUCUUCUAUCUGGUGAUGGGCCUGGGACCCGCCCUCGUUGUGGUACUGACCGGCCACCACUUCCAUGGGAUGAUGCAGCUGAAGUACGGCGGCGCCUUCUACAUACUGGGCAUUGUGUUCUUCAAGUCGGACGGCAUCAUACCCAUGGCCCAUGCCAUCUGGCACCUGUUUGUGGUGCUGGCCGCCGGCUGUCAUUAUUAUGCCAUCUUGGUCAACCUCUAUCCCAGCGACAUUGGCAUCAGCGAUUAGUCAGUGGCACACAACAAACACUGCGGAGAGUAACAGCGAAUUUAGACCUUAGAGUACUUAACGACAGGGAUUCGGGUGCGAUAUAUGUAUGUAUGAGUGUGCUCGCGGUGUAUUCGAAGGGUUCGCUCUUUUGGUCAGCCAUUUGUGUAACGUGUUCCUUUGAACGAUGGUACCCCGUACCCCGGUACCCACCCACACAAGUCACUGCUGCUCCACAAUUAGCCAAAUUUUAUGACGCCAAGCCGCGGCUCUGGCCCCGGCUCUGGCGCAUGGAAAUAUGAAUAAUAGUUGUAGCUUAGAAUAACGAACGACUAAAACACUAAAACUAAACAAAAACAAAAACUAAACUAAAAUCGAAACGAUUCUUGUGAUCAGUAUCUGCGGUCUUGCCAAAGAUUCAUAUUAUACGUGGCUCAUGUCUCUACUUUUCUCACCCAAUAUACGUUUAUUUAUUAUAUACAUACAUACAUGCAAUACAAUGUAUAUUGUAUACAACUAUAUUAUAUACACUCUUAGGCCGUAGCCCGUACUGUACGAUAUUUAGAUAUGGAUAUUCAUAUAUUUGUAUAUGUAUAUGUAUGUGGGUAGACAGAUACAGACAGACAGAUUUAUAUACAGUCUGCUGUAUUGUAUAUACCUUAUAUACACCUGAUGCCCCUUAUACAAAGCUCAUGUUUCUCAAAGACUUCGACCAGACAAAAGGCAAACAACUCAGACCCGAAAAUCCAAUUUGUACAAACAUAAAAUUAAAUAUUCAAUCGCCCGGCCACCUCCUCCUGCCUUUUGAACACUAGAAGCCCGCCUAGCAUGCAUAACAAAUACAUGUUUAUAUACAGAAGAUGUACAUACAUACAUCAGAUCAGAAAAUAUAUAUAUAUUAUACAUACAUAGUACACAUACACAUAAUUAUGUACUCUUAUAUACGGAUAUGUAUUGUAGUUCGAUUUUAAGGCCAGACAGUCUCAGUCCCAGUCCCAGUCCCCGUCCCACAGUCACGAACCAGUCUGUUGGCCAGUUCAUUGUUUAGCUCAGGGACUACUCGACGUAUUCGCAGAUACUGAAAGAUAAUGAUUUGAUAUGAUUCUAGACUCUUGAGAUGGUUCGUGAUGGCCCUCCUGCACCCCCUCCCUCCACCAACAACCGAAUAAUUGUAUAUUUUUAAGGUCUACAAUGGGUUUUUCAGCGUAGACUUUGUUUCUGGCGCAGUUCGGGUCUAGUUUAGAUUUUAGGACAAAUUCCUUGGGCAUCCAAACCAAAACUCAAUUGAUGCUUGAAUAAAGGUUCAUUUUCAAACGA